CCCUCGGUCCCCGCCCGGCUGACCCCCCGCGGGCCGCCCCGCUGUAAGCGCUGCCCGGCGGCCGCCCAUCCUUGUCGCGGUGCGGCGGGGCCGGCGGCAUGGCUGUGUCCUGGAGGAGCUGGCUGGCCAACGAAGGGGUUAAACACCUCUGCCUGCUUAUCUGGCUCUCUCUGAAUGUCCUGCUUUUCUGGAAAACCUUCCUGCUGUAUAACCAAGGGCCAGAGUAUCACUACCUCCACGAGAUGUUGGGGCUAGGAUUGUGUCUAAGCAGAGCUUCCGCGUCUGUUCUCAACCUCAACUGCAGCCUUAUCCUCUUACCCAUGUGCCGGACGCUCCUGGCUUACCUUCGAGGAUCCCAGAAGGUCCCGAGCAGGAGAACCAGAAGAUUGUUGGACAAAAGCAGGACAUUCCACAUAACCUGUGGUGUUACUAUCUGUAUUUUCUCAGGUGUGCACGUGGCCGCCCACCUGGUGAAUGCCCUCCACUUCACAGUGAACUACCGGGAGGAUUUCGCUGAGCUGAACGCAGCGAGACACCGAGAUGAGGAUCCUAGAAAACUUCUCUUCACAACUGUUCCUGGCCUGACAGGCGUCUGCAUGGUGUUGGUGCUAUUUCUGAUGAUGACAGCUUCAACAUACGCGAUACGAGUUUCUUACUAUGACAUCUUCUGGUACACUCAUAAUCUCUUCUUUGUCUUCUACAUGCUGCUGAUGUUACAUGUUUCAGGAGGGCUGCUGAAGUAUCAAACUAAUUUAGAUACCCACCCUCCUGGCUGCAUCAAUCGGAAUGGAACCCACUACCAGGAUAUUCACUUACCAGAGGAUCGCGCAGAACGUUUUCGUGAAACUUUCCCCGAAGGAAUUUCAAAACCAGAUGAGCUUACCCAGAACACAUUUGUGAAGAUUUGUAUGGAAGAGCCCAGGUUCCAAGCUAAUUUUCCACAGACUUGGCUUUGGAUUUCUGGACCUUUGUGCCUGUAUUGUGCUGAAAGACUUUAUAGGUGUAUCCGGAGCAAUAAACCAGUCACCAUCAUCUCGGUCAUAAGUCAUCCCUCAGAUGUCAUGGAGAUUCGAAUGGUCAAGGAAAAUUUUAAAGCAAGACCUGGCCAGUAUAUUAUUCUACAUUGUCCCAGCGUGUCUGCAUUAGAGAACCAUCCGUUUACCCUCACAAUGUGUCCUACUGAAACCAAGGCAACAUUUGGGGUCCACCUUAAAAUAGUAGGAGACUGGACAGAACGGUUUCGAGAUUUACUGCUUCCUCCAUCUAGUCAAGACUCUGAAAUCCUGCCUUUCAUCCAAUCUAGAAAUUAUCCCAAGCUAUACAUCGACGGCCCCUUUGGAAGUCCGUUUGAGGAGUCUCUGAACUAUGAGGUUAGCCUCUGCGUGGCUGGAGGCAUUGGAGUAACUCCAUUUGCAUCAAUACUCAACACCCUGCUGGAUGACUGGAAACCAUACAAGCUGAGAAGACUGUAUUUUAUUUGGGUGUGCAGAGACAUCCAGUCCUUCCGUUGGUUUGCAGACUUACUCUGUGUGUUGUAUAACAAGUUUUGGCAAGAGAACAGACCUGACUAUGUCAACAUCCAGCUGUACCUCAGUCAGACAGAUGGGAUGCAGAAGAUAAUUGGAGAAAAAUAUCAAGCACUGAAUUCAAGACUUUUUAUUGGACGUCCUCGGUGGAAACUUCUGUUUGAUGAAAUAGCAAAAUGUAAUAGAGGGAAAACAGUUGGUGUAUUUUGCUGUGGACCCAGUUCAAUCUCUAAGACUCUUCAUAAACUGAGUAACCGAAGCAAUUCAUAUGGGACGAGAUUUGAAUACAAUAAAGAAUCUUUCAGCUGAAAACCUUUGAGAUGAACCAGGACUCUGAAGAAGGAAUGAGUGCAAUUUCUAAGACUUUGAAAUGCAGCUGAAUCAAACAACUGUGUCAUGCCAAAGAGUAACAAGGUUUUCUUAUUUAUGAUUAUUUAAAAUGGAAGUACAGAGAAUGUGGCAAGAUGACAGGUCACAUUACAUGUUUAAUCUGGAAACCAAAGAGGCCCUGAAGAAUAUUUGAUGUGAUUACUCACUUUUCACUGCUCAAAUUAAAAGAAAACUAUCAGAUGCACGCUGUUGAUUUUUAUGGCAGAUUCAAGAACUCCCUGGUGAGGAGUUCCAUCCGCUCACUGUGAGGCUGAGAGCCUUGGUCCUCUUUAAAUUGUUUUUGGUUGAACAAGAUGCAAGAUUGAACAAAAUUAAAAAUUCAUUGAAACCCAGAUUACAUUUUCUACGUGACUAUAAACAGAGUAGCUUUGAUUUAGAAGAGCUCCAGGCAAAUGUAUUAGGUGUUUGAAAAUGCAGCACAGGACUGUGUGUUGAUACGGGUACUUUGAGUCAACGUCUAACCUUGCUCACUACUGACGCUCAUACCUCUGCUUGGUAUCUGUAGACUUUACACGCAGUGAACUGCGUGCAGAUGUUGAUAUAAUAUCUGUUUUUAUAUUUUUCUCUCUUCUGUGUUCUUUUGUCUAGAGAAGUCUACCCUCCCUUGGCAUGUGUUAGACACAAUGAUUUAAUCGGUCCUUUUCAUCCCCAAUUUAUUUAAUCUAUUAUGAUUGCAUUGUAGUGAGGAAGAUAUCAUUCCUGUAAAUUAUAAAGGGACAUGUAGACUAAUAACUUUUUUUCCUUUUCAGCAUUUUGGCCUCUGUUAUUUUUAUUUACUCUUUUAUUCCCCCUAGUGUCAUUUGUCUUCAUUUUAGCCUCUUAAGGUGCUUUAUGUAAUUUGCACUUGGAAGACCAAAGAGUGUUGUGUCAUCUGUGGUCGCUGAGAUAGGAGUUCUCUCUCUUUUGUCGCACGUUGGUUUAUGCUGGAGACUUUGAGAGUAUAGUCACAUUCCUGAAUAGGAAGCGUUUCUUUGACUUUUUAUACAAGAGACAACACUUUGUUGAUUAUUCAAAUUUAAGUUCAGAAUCAAGAUUAUUAUUGUUACGCUGUCAGGUAUUCUGAGUCUUGAUGAAGAAUGAGUGAGCAUAAAGUCCCUGUUGGGGCAGUGCCGUGUGAUCCUGUCAGCUUAUGCUCCCUGGUCAUACCCUUGGUUCAGAGGAAAAAUCCACUUUGCUAUUUUAAGAAUUAAGGUAUUUCUACGAUUUAGUGAUUUUGUUUUGUAGACAUCUGUUGCUCUCAGACAGUGCCCAUUGCUGAAAUCAGCAGUGUAGCUUGUCUUGCCUCCGUUAAAAGGUUGCAGUAUAGAACAUAAUAUGAUAGAUGCUGCUGUCAUUUUUUGCUCUGAUUCACCGAUAGCAAUCAAGCAUGUUAACCCAUCUAGCAUUAAAUGCCCAGAAACAUAUCACGUACAGCUAGUUCUUCCUCUCCUUGGACCUCUUUCUUUUCCCUUCUGUGGAAGGAAAGCGAGUCAGAAAAAAGAUACGGGGAAUGUGCAAUGUUUCUGCAGAUUUAGCUCUGAAGGCAUAUUUAAUAACCAGUAAGCACAUCUUGGCCACACUUUCUAAAAUAAAAAUAAUUUUCAUAAAAACACUGAACAGAGAGAACUGUUCAGAAGAAACUUGAGUUAGUACAGGCUUGGUAUAUGAUAGUCUCUAAUAGUUAUAAUUUAUUUAUGUGAUUAUAUUAAUAUACGUACUUUGAGUAAAACUGGUGGAAGAUUUUUCAAGGAGAAUGAUCUUUCCGAAUAAGUCUUCUUUUCUAGGUGAGCCUCUUUGCCUAUUUUAAUGUUCAAACACUGAGUGUUAAACACGAAAUGUUUGCUUCUGUAAGUAGGAAUGAUACCAGGACUUCAUCAUAUGUGCAUAAGAGAGCUUUGUUUUGUUUCCGAGGAUUCUUUCUCUGGGGCCAAUUCUUGUUAGCCCAAUCUUAAAACUGUAAUUUUAGUGGCAAUAAAUGUUAAAAUUGAAAUGUUA